UUUCCUGGGGAAAGUACUUUAGCAGGAACUAGGAAGGGCCCCUGUGGCCCACCUGACCCCUGGACAGGAAUAUAAAGAGCCCGGGCUCAGGGGGCUCCACACCUGCGCCUCUCUCUCUCCUGCUCCUCUACCUGCUCCAUCCUCUAUCCACCAGAAACAUGGGCUGUUGUGGCUGCUCCGGAAGCUGUGGCUCCAGCUGUGGGGGCUGUGGCUCUGGCUGUGGGAGCUGUGGCUCCGGCUGUGGGGGCUGUGGCUCUGGCUGUGGGGGCUGUGGCUCCAGCUGCUGUGUGCCCAUCUGCUGCUGCAAGCCCAUGUGCUGCUGUGUGCCAGCCUGUUCCUGCUCCAGCUGUGGCUCUUGUGGGGGCUGCAAGGGGGGCUGUGGCUCCUGUGGGGGAUCCAAGGGGGGCUGUGGCUCUUGUGGAGGAUCCAAGGGGGACUGUGGCUCCUAUGGGGGAUCCAAGGGAGGCUGUGGCUCUUGUGGCUGCUGCCAGUCCAGGUGCUGUAAGCCCAGCUGCUGCUCCUCAGGCUGUGGGUCAUCCUGCUGCCAGUCCAGCUGCUGCAAGCCCUGCUGUUCCCAGUCUAGCUGCGGCAAGCCCUGCUGCUGCUCCUCAGGCUGUGGGUCAUCCUGCUGCCAGUCCAGCUGCUGUAAGCCCUGCUGCUGCACCUCAGGCUGUGGGUCAUCCUGCUGCCAGUCCAGCUGCUGCAAGCCCUGCUGCUCGCAGUCCAGCUGCUGCAAGCCCUGCUGUUCCCAGUCCAGCUGCUGCAAGCCCUGCUGUUCCCAAUCCAGCUGCUGUGUCCCCGUGUGCUGUCAAUGCAAGAUCUGAAGCUCUAGAGGGAUUUCUCAGGUAGCUCCUGAAGAUCUGUUCUUCCCAACAGGUGACUACCCCUGACGCAUAUCCUCUUCCAGAGCUGAGCAAUGAGUCCCCUGGCUCAGGGCUUCUUUUUCCAGCUCUUGAGGAAAUGGAAUGACCCACUCCCUGCCUAUUCCCUAUAAGGGUAUCCCAUGACCCAGGCACUCUUGCCCCUCCUUCCCACAUGCCGCGAUGUGUCUCAGCCGGACUGCACCUGGACACGACCCUCAUGUCAAGGAGGCUCCUGGAAUUCCCCUUCCUGAUAAUUCCAUGGGAGAGAGCAAACCCUUCUUUCCUGUGUCUGCCAGGAGUUCCAUGGCACUUGCAGAUGGAUGUCCUGUAACCAGAAUGACCACGCGUA